AUGUUACCGGAAUACCUCUUCGAUAAUAUUACCGAAUACUUCGAUUUCCUUGCUAGGUACAAUCCCGAUGCCUUGGACGAUGCUGAUAAGGACAUCGUAAUUACUUUCGUGGUCACGUUCCUCUCGCCUAAUUACGUCAACAACCCAUUCUUAAAGGCCAAGCUUGUUUCGAUACUUUCUUACGGUCUUUGGCCUAUGGGCUACUGGCGUAAAGGGGCUUUGUUCGAUCGACUGAGUGUUCACAGCUUGUCUACCGAAUACCUGAUGCCCACAUUGAUCAGGUUCUUCAUUGCAACGGGGGGACAUACUCAAUUCUGGGACAAAUUCAACUUUAGACGGGAUAUACAGCGUAUUUUCAAGUCUAUGUGGGAGAAUCCUCUUCAUCGAGAGGCCUUUGUCAAGACAAGACAUGACGAUUUCGACCAGUUCAUCCGAUUCGUUAACAUGCUUAUGAGUGACACUACCUUCCAUCUCGAGGAAUCUCUCACCGGAAUGGCCAAAAUUGCGUCUAUCCAGACCCAGCAGGCGAACAGUGAGGCAUGGGCGGCACAACCUCAGAACGAAAGGGAAGAUCAGGAGAGUCAGCUUCGACAGGCUGAGAGCUCUGCUCCGUUCCAUACUCAAAUGGGUCUUGAGAAUGUCAAGUUGAUCAGGGAUAUCACUGCGACGACCAAGGAGCCAUUUGUCACCUCAGAGAUUGUUGAUCGAUUGGCCGCUUCCCUUGACGAGAACCUCGCCGUUUUGGUGGGACCGAAGAUGUCCGAAUUGAAGGUUACAAAUCCCGAGAAAUACUCAUUUAAACCGAAGGAUUUGCUUGCUGCAAUCGCUCAGAUCUAUCUCAACUUAGGAAAUGAACCAGAGUUCAUACGAGCGGUAGCCAACGAUGGUCGAAGUUAUUCCAAGGAGUUGUUCGAGAAGUUCGCACGAUUGUUGAAGCACCGAGCUAUCAUGACUGAUGCUGAGGUUGCCGAGGUGGUCAGCUUUACGCAGAAGGUAGAGGAUAUGAAAGCCACUAUCCAGAUGGAGGAUGAGAGAGAGGUUCCAGAUGAGUUCCUUGACCCCUUGUUAUCAACUCUCAUGAAAGACCCAGUCAUCUUGCCUGUAUCUCGUGUUGUGAUUGAUCGAGGUACCAUCCGAACUGUCCUGCUUUCCAAGGAAGUGGACCCUUUCAACAAUGUACCUCUGAAAUACGAGGAUUGUAAACCUGAUACCGAACUCAAAGCUAAGAUCGAUGCUUGGCUGGCCGAAGGUAACACCCAAAAGGCAGCUGAUGUCAUGCAUGUGGAUCAAUUGUAG